AUGGGGCUUUCGAGCAAAUUGGAGUUCUUCCAGAAGCUGGGCUACGACCAGCAGGACGUGCUCAGGGUGCUGGACAAGUUGGGCAAAGAUGCCCUGGUCAACGACGUGCUGCAGGAGCUGAUUCAGACCGGGAGCCGCCCCCGCGCCCCUGCGCGGCCAGCAGGGGGCGCCGCUGCUCCGCUGCUCGUCCCGCGGGGAGCCUGUGUCCCCCGGGACUCUUCCCAGUGCAGCCAGGACCUGGACCCCGAUGAGGACUGUGCAAGCCCCGCCGCUGCCCUGAGGCCUAUCGUGAUAGAUGGCAGCAACGUGGCCAUGAGCCAUGGAAAUAAAGAAGCUUUCUCUUGCCGAGGAAUCCAGCUGGCUGUGGACUGGUUCAGGGGCAGAGGACACACGUCCAUCACGGUUUUUGUCCCAUCCUGGAGGAAAGAACCAUCAAGAUCCGAUGCUCCCAUUAGAGAGCGGCACUUGCUGGAGGAGCUGGAGCGGCAGGGGAUACUGGUGUACACCCCGUCCCGUAGAGUGAGCGGCAAACGCGUGGUCUGCUACGACGACCGCUACAUCGUGAAGGUGGCCUACGAGCAGGACGGCGUCAUCGUCUCCAACGACAACUACCGAGACCUGCAGAACGAGAACCCCGAGUGGAAGUGGUUCAUCGAGCAGAGGCUGCUCAUGUUCUCCUUUGUCAACGACAGGUUCAUGCCUCCUGACGACCCCCUGGGCCGCAGAGGACCCACCCUGAGCAACUUCCUGAGCCGGAAGCCCAGGCCCCCAGCCCCAUCCUGGCAGCACUGUCCCUACGGGAAGAAAUGCACCUACGGCAUCAAGUGCAAGUUCUAUCACCCGGAGAGGCCUCAGCGGGCGCAGCUGGCUGUGGCCGAUGAGCUGCGCGCGCAAACCCGGGCCUGCACGGGCACCCCCGGGGCGGAGCGGCGGCAGGACGCGUGCGCGGCGGCAGGAGAUUCUGGGGACGCCCUCGUGGCCUCUCUCCGCCCGGCCCUGCCCUCCGGCAUGUGCACCCUCCCGCUGGCACCGCUGCCCCCCGACUCUGCGGCCCUGGAGGGGCGUUUCUCGCGGCUGGCCAUCAGUGAUGACCUGGCGCGGCUCGGGGCACGCUCCUUGGGCCCUAGCUGUGGCCUUGUAUCCGGGCUGCACUGUCCCGAAAGGGCGGCCACUGAAGGUCACCCAUCUGGCGCCUCACAGGCAAGACCCCCGGGUCGCAGGGCUCCACGGUCAGCCCCGCCUAGCCUCCCGAACUCCGCGAGUGACCACUCACUGCCCCGUCCGCAGGGUAGGCUCGGCCCCUCGCGCCUGCAGGAUGACCUGCUCCCUGCUGGCCCCGAAGAGCCAUGGGGCCUCCCACAAGUGUUCGAGCGCCCUGCCGGCCGCUCGGCCUGGGGAGAGUCAGGCUGGGGCGACCACACCUUUGGGGGACCCUCUGGGUACGUGCCCCGCGCUGCCGAGCGUACAGUGGACCCCCGAGCCCGGGCACGCACCGCGCUGUGCAGCAUCUUCCCGCCGGAGCAGGUGGACCGUGUGAUGGCCAUGUUCCCAGAGCAGUCAGACGUCCCCAGGCUCAUCCUCCUCAUCCAGAAAUUCCAGCAGACUGGGGAGCCUCUGGGGAGACCCUGA